AUGGCAUGCAAAGAUGGUUUCUGCCAAGGAGCCAGCCACCGCCAUGUCCUCGGGUCUCUCCAUCGCCCUCCUGCACUGCCUGUGCCUGGCGACCUGCCUCACCGGGCCGCCGGGGCAGACCAAAAAAGAGGAGAAAUUGUGGCCGGAGAAUUUCACCAGCAUCCUGAACAGCCUCCUGGAUGGCUAUGACAACCGGCUGCGACCGGGAUUCCCAGGUCCUGUUACUGAAGUCAAAACAGAUAUAUAUGUCACCAGUUUUGGACCUGUUUCUGAUGUAGAAAUGGAAUAUACAAUGGAUGUCUUCUUUCGUCAGACAUGGGUAGAUAAAAGGUUAAAAUAUGAUGGCCCUAUUGAAAUUUUAAGACUUAACAACUUGAUGGUUUCGAAGGUAUGGACUCCUGAUACUUUCUUCAGGAACGGGAAAAAGUCUGUUGCGCAUAAUAUGACAGCUCCAAAUAAACUCUUCAGAAUAAUGAGAAAUGGCACCAUCCUGUACACAAUGAGGCUUACAAUAAGUGCAGAGUGUCCCAUGAGAUUAGUGGAUUUUCCCAUGGAUGGUCAUGCUUGUCCUCUCAAAUUUGGGAGUUAUGCUUAUCCAAAGAGUGAAAUGAUUUAUACCUGGACAAAAGGACCUGAGAAGUCAGUGGAAGUUCCUGAGGAGUCUUCCAGUUUAGUUCAGUAUGACCUGCUUGGGCAUACGGUAUCCUCUGAAACUAUUAAAUCUAUUACAGGUGAAUAUAUUGUUAUGACAGUUUAUUUCCACCUCAGAAGGAAAAUGGGUUAUUUUAUGAUUCAGACCUAUAUCCCAUGCAUUAUGACCGUGAUCCUCUCUCAAGUUUCAUUUUGGAUAAAUAAGGAAUCCGUUCCUGCUAGAACUGUAUUUGGAAUAACCACAGUGUUGACAAUGACUACACUGAGCAUCAGUGCAAGACAUUCACUGCCAAAAGUAUCCUACGCUACUGCCAUGGACUGGUUCAUAGCGGUUUGCUUUGCCUUUGUGUUCUCUGCUCUUAUUGAGUUUGCUGCUGUCAACUAUUUUACUAACAUUCAAAUGGAAAAAGCCAAAAGGAAGACGGUAAAGUCCCUUCUUGAAUUUCCAGUUGCUCCAGUACAAAGAAAAAGAAGUACAGAAGAGACAUUCACGAAUACAGAUGCCAAUUCAAAUGUGAGGAAAAGAACGAACGCCACAGUACAGUCUGAAGCUGAUGGCGGGAGCCGAAUUGACACAAGGCACAGCUCUGUCCAGCCUUCCUCUGUAGCUCAGGGGUCUUCUGACAUUACACCCCACUCCCUUUCUGCAUCAAGUCCCAACCCUUUCACACGAAUCAACGCAUCAGAGACAUUAUCUUCUGCAAGAGCUACCCCUCCAGCUCCUCCCUCUACCCCAAUUUUAACUGGAUUUGUAUCCCAGCAUGCCACAGCUGGAUCCCCUUCCAUUCAGCACUUGCUUGGAUCUAGACUGGAGCAGAUUCAGACCACCACACCUAAUACAUUAGGAGCAUCUGCAAAGCCAUCUGCUGUCACACCACCUCCUCCCCCUGCCUCCCACUCUGGCACGAGUAAGAUAGACAAAUAUGCACGCAUUUUAUUUCCUGUUACCUUUGGAGCAUUUAACAUGGUCUACUGGGUGGUGUAUCUAUCCAAGGAUACCAUGGAAAAAUCAGAAAGUCUAAUGUAGUUUUGCUGCUAUGUAGUAGUUCCUAAAUUAUACUCACAUUUGAUGCAGAGUUUCUUCUUUUGAAACUAUUUAAAAAGGUCAGUAAUUCUUAUUUAUAAAAGCUGUGUGCUACUCUCCCGUUCUAAAGGCUGGAGUUACUGGGGAUUAGUUAACUCUUAACAGAGUAAGGGGUAACAGUAAUGGGUCUUCCUCCCUUCAGCCAGCAACACUUGCUCAAGACAAACUAUUCUGGCUGCACAGAACUUGCAUUUGGAAGGAGCAUGUACCUGAAAAAAAAUCAGAGGCAGAGGUGCACAGCUGACUGCUAGGAAUAUGCAUGUUGGCAAUUACAAAUGAGGCACCCAGCACUGCUGUCUGGACACAGCAUUGCAUUCUCUGAGUGUGAGGUCUAUGUCCUGAAUAUUUUGACAGCGCUUGCUACAAAAGGACUUUCCCUGCUAGUUUAAAUUGACAGAAUGGGGGGAAGAAAAUCAAUAGUGGCAAAAGGGAAGAGACUCCAGCCUGGGAGAGUGCAACUCCAGGAAAGUUAUGCAAAGGAGUUGUAGAGCUCCGUAUAUUUUUACUAAGCAUUAUUUUGCAUUGUAACCUGGGAAAUUCUCACAACAACCUAAGAAUGAAUGAACCUUGUAAAAUCUGAAAUCUGAUGUAAUUCUCAAAAUUGGAUUUUCUUGUUUGGUAAGGUGAUCUUAAGUGGGCGAUUAUUCUUUGACCUUGCUGACCAGCUUGAGUGGAUUUAUUCCUAAAUUACAUCAAUUGUAGUAGAUGAGGACCAGACCACAAUGUUCAACUUUUUAUUUUAUUUGUUUGCUUUUUCUUCGGAUGCUUUGGGGUUUGGGUUUUGGUUUGGUUGUGGGUUUUUUCCUCCAUACUUUUCAGUUACACUCCUGAUUUCCUUUAAACACUUAUUCCAUUGCCCCCGCCUCCCCCUUUAUGUAAUGUUUGUGUCAAAUUGAAUUUUCAACACAGUUUUAAAAGCGGCUUCAAAAUUAAACAAAAAAGCACCCAGUUUUGCUUAGAUGAGUGUGGCAUGUCACUGAGUGAAUGAAAGACACCCUUUUUGAGAAGGACUGCUGUGAUAUAAAUAAGAAGGUAAACUUUCUGGGUGGGUCCCAGGCUAAAAAAGUUAAUUUAUGAUCGAUUUGUUUAUUUUAAACUGUGUCAUAGAUAGGUGCUUUUCUUACCAAAUUGCAGUAUGCAAGCAGGCAACAUUAUUAAAAAAUUGAAUAGUUAAACCUGAUAGAAAUCCUGAUCAUAUUCACUAUUAUUUUCACUAGAAUGGGUUAGAAAACAUAUUGCCAAUAAGUACAAGAAAUGUUUGUACAGAUCUGUCUGGAGUGGCAAAUGGUUAGUGUUUCUGUGCAGGUGACAAGUGAAAAUCAAAGGCCAGCUUCUCAGCUAUGAUCUGGCUGUGCCUUUAAAGGUCUGGACUAAUCCUUAGCUUCAGUUGAUGGAAUAGCAGAUUGGUAGCCUAUUGUCAAAGUCGUAUGCUGCAGGGCAGAUCAGGUGAGUGUUGAGUGGUUCUGUGCCCAGAUAAUGACCAAGGGACUUAGGGAGACCACAAGCUGCUGGCAACAAAAGGCAUUCAUAAGACUGCCCUAGACAAUGCUGGGACAAGAGUCAGGGUAAAAAAAAAACCAAAAUGGUGAAACUAUGACCAUGCCUCUCCAAGCCUUUUAGCCAGCUCAUGGCUGAGAUUCUGACUUUUAACUUACAGGACCUGGGAGACACCUGGCAAGAGAUACUAGAGUGUGCAGUAUGGAUCCCAGAUGGUUCUUUCAUGUGUAAUAAUGAACUGUAGAGGAUAGAUUGCAGUGGGAAUAUCUUACAUAACUUUAUUAGAAUGGAGCGAUAUAAACAGUUGCCUUAGUCUUUCUUUUACUUUAGGGAUGCUCUCAAAAGGUCAGGUAUGGUUCUUUCCUUUUUCAUCUUUUACAUCUAGAAGAUACCUGAGAUCACAGUGCUUGUUAGGAAAACAUUAUGUGGCAUAUCACAGAACUAGAAAUGGAGCACCUGUGCAAAAUGUCUUACCGCAUAGUUUGUAUCUUUGGAUGUCCUGCUAGUUGCUGCAGCUGUUUCCCCUCUAAUUAGGUCACAUUGUUACAAAUUGUUAGAAUAAAAAAUAGUGAGAGAAUUAUUUAUUUGGUUUAGGCAGAAUAAACAAAGCUAAACCUCUGGCAGUUCUUGAUUAUAAUUGCACCAAUGAUAAAAUACUUCUAGCAUGCAAAUGGUGACCUGCUGUGUGGAGAACCCAGUAUUUGCACCAGAAAUUACUGAAAUUACUCUUUGCUUUCCUCUGUGAUGAAAAGCGAGGAUGUUUUCUCAAAGGCAGAGUCUUAAACAAUUCAUUAGAAACAGUUUUCUAUUCCUUCCACCCAUCUCUGUAUACUGAUUUUAUAAUCAGCUUUUCCUAGCACAUUGUUCAGUGGGAUCAACGCUAGUUCAUCCUAAGAUUGACCUAAAUGUCUGCUUGAAUUCACUUGUAGUUUCUGUUUAAUUUUAAGGAUUUAUAAGGAAGAAAAAGGAUUGCAAAAAUAAUCAAUUCUAAAUAUUUAUUUCUGUGCUUCCAUUUCAGGAGAAAUUUUUAAUGAUACCACAGAAAAAGUUACCUAUUUUAAAUCCCAGUGUAUUUCUGAAAUACCUUCCAACACUUCCAUGCCUAAAUUCAAAAUGAAGUAUAUUAAAAAAAAAAGUCAUUAUGAGUCUAAGACUAAUUUAUUGAACUGUACUACAUUUUUAUGUUGUAGCAUAUGAAGGAAUUACCAUAAUUAGCUUUCCAAAAUACUUGUGAACAAUAUAAAUAGGAGUUUAUUGUUAACAGUUGUUCUUCAUUAUUUUUAAUCUCCCUGGAUGAUCAGAAACAGUAAAACAACAAAGAGCCUGCAAUAUACUCAGUGACACCAUAACUUGAAAGCACAAAAGGAGGAAUAUGCUAAAUAUAGUUCAAAUGUUCAAAACUGCUAGCUAAAAUCCUAAGGGAGAACAUUGCAGGUGUCAUUUCAGUGACCAAAAGCUUAUUUAGAGAUGAGCUUCAGUAAGAUGAACUCUAUGGGAGCUAUAUUUUUAGGUUUUUGUUCUUUUUUCUAUUGGAUUUGUUGAACAAUCUUUUUUUUUUUUUGACAGUAUCAUAGUGGUUUAAAACUAAUCAAACACUUCAGGUAAGUUCACAUCUAUCAACAGGAAAGGAAACUGGAUAGAAAGGCAAAGAGCCUUUACAAGGAAACAGAAAUUCAUCUCCACUGACAUUUCCUCGCAGACAUUACCAGCAGCAAAACUCCCACAGACUGCAGUGAUGCAGCCCUGACCACUAAUGCAGUCCUUUGAGAAAAACAGUUAAAAAUUUGGUACAGGAAGAUUGCCUCCACAGGAACUGAAGUGUGAUUUGUAGUCAAUUGUGAGCCCACUAUUAACAGAUUUCACUGCAAUUGUAAAAACAAGAUGAGAAAGGUGGCAAACUUAGACCCUAGCCCUUCAAGGUGACCUGAACUCUUGGAGCUCACCAGCUCUGGAAUUCUGGAGUUCCAGUACUGGUAUCUGUUUUUCCUUCUAUUAAAAUGGACUUGUCUCCAUCAAACAGAUGAUAGGUAGUGCAUUUCUUCUCCCAUGUGUCUUCGAAGGGGAAAAAAGUAGACUUUUUACACUGUUUAGUUAUCCACUCUGCAUUAUCCUUUGAUCAGGCAAGUAAACCGGACAAUAAUUGAAUGAAAGAGGUAAAUAGUUUAAUAAGGAAUGUGAUUAGAGCUUUUCUGUUUAGAGGAGAUAAGAUUUAUUGAUUACAGGGUGUUCAAGUGUAGCCUUUGGCAUCUCAUCAUCUUGAUCAUUCAGAGUGGACCUUACCAAAAAAUGGGGAAACUAAGUAAAUGUAUUUAAUAUGAUUUAACCAGUAUUUCUACAAAACUUUGAAUUGUCAGCUUUUUUAUAUGCCCAGAAUUCCAUGUUCUUCUGUUGUAUUUUGUACCUCCUGUAUGUCAUUUGGCCUCAGUGUACCUUAAUGCUGUAGCUCAUUGUCUGUAUGCCUUGUGAGCAUCUAUUUGUCCAGUUUACCAAAAGCCUAACUUCCCAUAUUACUUGUGCUGUUAGAAGUGUAGGGAAGGCCAGAAUGGAAGAAAUGGCACACAGGCUUUGUAAGAGACACACACUUGCCAUCGGAGACAUUUUUCCGCAGGUACUACAGAUUUCUUAGGAGAACAUUUUCAGAGUUCUGUAGCACACUAUGCUUCUCAAAAGCUGCCAAGAGGUCUGUUUGGAUAGCAGAGUGGAUUAUGGACUUUGCACACUUCUUAUAAUUUUUGCUUGGCUUAGAAGAUUAAGGAGGAAAGAAAUUUUGGUGAGUUGUACCUUGUCUGCUUGGGACUUGCCAGUAGGGCUUGACCUCACUAAAACAGAAAGGGUUUGUGUGGCUAGCACAGUUAUGAAUUGCAAUACAGACAGCUGACAAAAACUCACCCUUGGUUUUAUUUAAUCCUAGUAUUGAGUAAUAGAUUAGAAAUAAAGCAGCUGUGAUUGUGAGAGCCCUAGGUUUGGUAUAACAUCUGCUGAUGAUAUUGAUCAAGCCAAAGGUGAUUAAAGUUGUAGAAGUCUUACAGAGCUGCAGGGCUGUACAUCAGGAAGUUGCAGCAGGUCAGUGCCAAGUGGGGAGAAAAGGAGGUGCUUCCCUUCACACUCUGACAGGAGUAAAGCAAUAAAGCAAAGCAGUACAGCUCCUCUAUUUGUAUUUGGUAGAACAAAACUGCAUAAACAAAAUUUCAUACUUGAUGAAAAUUUAAGUGGCAAAUAACAUUAUGGAGGUCACUAUUAACACCAAUCACCAACCCCCAAAUACAGGGGGAAAAAAAAUCCAGGAAAAAAUUUAAAUUAAAUUAAAUGACAGUAGCAUCUUUUUAAUUUUUUUUUAAGACCUUGCAUUUUUUUCAGUGUGGGCUUCCAAGGUGAGUUUACAUUUUUUAAGAACCUCUUCUGGUAUCUACUGACACAAAUAUGUGUUUUUCAUUUACCACAGUUCACUUUAAAUGGAAGGUUUACUGGAAGGGAAAAUGCCAUUUUGAAAGGGUCUGAUAUGUGUUAAUUUGUAUAAUCCUCAUUUGUAGGCCUCUCCUCAGAGUCAAGAUGUAGCUAUUUUGGAGAAUGUGAGUGUGGUGAGAGUUUCAGCAUGUUCUGAGUAAAUCAGGCUCUGGAAGUAAAUUUUUGCCACAUCCCAGGCAAGUGAGAGUAGUGCAAAGUACAGAGCACCCUGUAAAGAUCUCUCUUUGCUAAUAUUAUAUUCUGUGUUAACUGGAGGGAAUGAAAAAUGCAAUUAUUGUAAAAUUGACGGAAUUUGCAAAAUGUACUUUGUUUUCAUAUGAGUUAGAAAUGUGGAAGAUAUUUAUUUCAGAGUUGAAUAGCAUUGUCUUCUAGUCCAUGACUUACUGCAUCUAAAAGUAUCUCUUAGACUUUCUUAUGCUUUUUGUAUUAUUCCACUGGAAAGAAUUUCAAAGAAAACCAGUUAAUAUCCAUUGCAGUUCACUAUUUUUUUUGGUCAUAAUUCUGUUUUCUAUUUCUUGUGCAAGAGGAAUUGAGAGCAUGAUGGCUUCUUCAAAAUAAAAAUAACAGCAGCAAAACAAAAGCCUUGGAGAUUCCCCUUUUUUUAGAAAACCUUACAAACCCACAUCAAUUUUUGAAUUUUUUUUUUUAAAUAGCAUAAUUUUGGCAUUUAAAAAUACUAAUGCUGUUGCAGCCUGGAUAUAUAUAUCCAGAUAUCCCUUGAAAUAAUUAUAUUUCCCUGAAUUUUAAGGAGGCAAACUCAAGAUGCACUUGCUUAUACUCCUGUAUUGAAAGAGUGCCUUUCUGGA